GUCACGCGGUCACGUGACCUAUUGCGGGAAGCAUGUGACUCGGUUUUGACACUUUAAUUAUUAACUAAGCUUUUAACUGAAAUGUAAUGUCGAACUGCAAGAGCCAACUACUAAAGCCGUGGGUCGUCGUGCGAGAGUGUUAAGUGUGAUUUAUCUGCGGAAUUGGCCAUGUUGGAUGGCGAGCUAGAGCCUGAACUAGAGUCUGAAGCUUUAUGCCUGGAACCGAACCAACCAAACUGAAUCCACCCAACCGAGCCCCGGGCGGGUAGGAGGCUCCUCAGCAGCCGCUCUGUUUUUUCCCUUUGGUUUCCAUGACGCAACAAGUUCAUUUCUGUCCUCCUAAACUUUCACAUUUACCCGUUACCCUCACUAAAACCCCUCUGGACACUGCCACCAUAACGUGGACUUUGCAAGGUCGUUUAAUGAACUGUUGUGUUGCGCUUAUAACAUUCUUGAUAAAAACAAGGACUGAAUCAAGUACAGUAUCACAUUGUAAAUAUUGAACGUUCUGUAAUUUAUGUUGAAAAUGUGAAUGGCCAUUCGAAUUUACAUGUCUGUUUGUUGUUGUUUAUUUUUCCUAUAAUUCUUUAAUAUAAUUUGGUACCAUUUUAAAUUUAAAACCUGUGUUCAGUCUUUAUUACUCUCCAUUCCUAGAGCUGAAUUUAGUUUCUUCUGAUCUAGCCCAGUUAUAUAAUUCCUUGUUUACUUAAUACUUGUACAUUGCUUUACUUAAGUAACAUACAGGCUACAUAUGCAAUCUACUACUACAAGUUUCAAUCAAUCAAUCAAUGAAUGCCUACUGAGCCUAUGGUGCUGUUAAGUUAUUGUGGCUCAAUUAUCCUUUUUUUAUGUAUUAUUAUUUAAUAUAUAUUAUUGUUUUAGUUGCUUAAGUGAUGUUCCUGGCUCUGAAUUUGCUCAUUGCUAUUUUUAUGUUUUUGUGCAUUAUUUGUUGCCGUAAUGAGGUUACUCAUCAGUUACUCAGUACUUGAGUAGAUUUUUCACAACAUACUUUUUACUUUUACUCAAGUAAAUAUUUGGGUGACUACUCCUUACUUUUACUUGAGUAAUAAAUCUCUAAAGUAACAGUACUCUUACUUGAGUACAUUGCUUUACUUAAGUAACAUACGGCCUACAUAUUGUGGCGAGCUAGCCAGGAGUGGAGAAAAAUAACUGAGCAAUUUUUGUUGUGGUACUUAUAUUAUUGUCUUGGAAAAAUGGAAAUAUUCGAGAAAAAUGGCAUUAAGAUUCUAAAUGCAGUUUUGAUUGAAGACGCGACAAAAACUAAAACUGACGACGAAGUAGUUGAAUUUUUAAAGCAGUACGGGUCUAUUUCAAAAAUUGAAUUUAUAGACGAACCGGAAUCUGAUUUUCAUUCUUCGAUUGUCGUAGAGUACAACUCAGGCACCUCAUUGGUUGCGUUACGUCCACUUCUGCCAUAUACAAGUGUGCGAUACGGAAAAAGUGGCAUAUGAAAUUUUAGACCUCGCUACAGUCUGCGCGGACGAAGUAGGGAAGCGAAAGACCAAUGAUUACCUCUCCGAGCUCGAAAAAAUUGCGAAACUGACUGGCCAAGAUUUUUCAGUCAUUCUAAGUGGGGUGAUGUCUUUGCUUGGUCAGAAGGUCAACAAGCUCCACACCACCGCCACUGAGGAUGAGGCUCUUUCUGAAGAUGGUAAAAAGCAUUCGGCUGAUCUUGCCGCGUCGAACCAGCACGUGGAAUUGCCACCACGAGUCCAGCCGGAUCCUACAGCCCAAACCGGCACAAUACCUCCUUCGCCAGCCAUGUUGCACGGUAAUCUCAACCCACCUGAAGUUCGUUAUGUGGUCGAACAUAUUGUGAAGAACGACGAUAGCGCUAUGAACAUGUCAGCACAGCGUCUCAGGGCCUUCUCAGGAAGAUCACCCAGAUCUCCAACAGAGUCCGAUUACGACACAUGGCGUUCCGGGGUAGACCUUCUACUAAGGGAUCCUGCCGUGUCCGAUCUACAGCGCUCACGCAAAAUCUUUGAUAGCUUACUACCACCUGCUGCAGAUAUGGUGAAGCACCUGAAACCGGAUACUCGUCCAACUGUGUAUCUACAGACACUUGACUCAGCAUACGGGAUGGUCCAGGGUGGUGAUGAGCUAUACGCCAAGUUUAUGGACACGUUCCAGGAUGCUGGGGAAAAACCGUCUAAUUAUCUGCAACGUCUACAGGUAGCACUGAACCAGGCUGUGAAACGAGGUGGUGUACUAAACAAAGACUUUGAAAGACAUCUUCUGACUCAAUUUUGCCGUGGUUGUUGGGACAACUCCCUAAUAACAGAACUUCAACUGAAACCAAGGAAAAAGAACCCCCCAACAUUUGCUGAAUUUCUGCUCUUGCUGCGAACUGAAGAAGAUUCUGAAGCAGCCAAAGCCAUCCGCAUGCAGCAACAUCUGCUCUUCACGCUCCAGAGCUGCAAACCAUGCGCAGUACGCCAACACAGACAAUGCAGGAAGGGGAGAGAUUGCUGCUCUCACCAACGUCACGCAGCAGCUCACUAAACAGCUGGCUGACAUCCAGAAGCAGCUCGCAACACUCACUGCUGCCCAGUCCAGAUCCAGUCAGUCUGCUGCUUUCAAACCCAUGCCUGGUAAUGUGUUUAGUAAGGGCCAAGGGGCGGGCAAGCAACCAAAGAACCCGUCUUCUGUUCCCAAGCCUGUUUACUGCUAUCGGUGUGGUGAAGAUGGUCACAUAAAAACAAACUGUGAUAAUCCCCCGAACUCUGUAUUAGUCGCUGCAAAGAAGAAACGGUUCGCAGAAAAACAACAAAACUGGCAACGUUUUAACUCCUCAUCAAGACCAUCUUUAAACUAGAGUCAGUUCCAGUUGUGGGGCAAACUGGAACUGUUGUGGACCCACAAUGUCCCAAUCCAAAGAAGAAACAUGUCAAAUGUCAAGAAAUGAUCCAAAACACUACUGCUGUUCCAUCCCGGUUACCUAAAGGCUUGGUCGGAUCCCGCUGUACAGCAAACAUCAAAAUCGCUGGCGAAGAAUUCAACUGCUUGUUGGACACCGGAUCGCAAGUAACCACGAUCCCAGUCUCAUUCUAUAACCAGCAUUUUGCGGACCAGCCAGUGAAACCCCUGCGUGACUUGCUGCAAGUUGAAGGAGCUGCGGGACAGGCUGUUCCGUAUCUCAGAUAUGUGGAGAUGGUGGUCACCUUUCCAAGAGAGUUCCUGGGAGCUAAUUUUGACGUCUCAACGCUAGCACUGGUUGUUCCUGACAUCGAAACUCAUCAGUCCCAGGUGGUAAUCGGCAUGAAUAAACUGGAGCCGUUAUGCAACCAGCAUAUGGGGAGUGACUUCUCCAACUUCCAGCCGACGGCAAAUGGCUACAGAGCAGUGCUGCAACUGCUGCAAAUACGGCACCAGCAACAACAACAAGGCUAUGACGGAGUUGUGAGGUUACCCAGUAAGUCGCCAGUCCUCAUCCCUGCUGGCCGCACCACCGUCAUCGAUGGCUCUACUUCCACCAGCAUGCUGUCUCACGGUCAGUGGACGCUUGUGGAGCAUCCCGCCUCACCACUGCCAGGUGGGCUGUGUGUCAAAAAUUAUUUGAUUAUGCUGCCAAGCCAAUCCCACAAGAAGAUUCCUGUCAUCCUGAGUAACGAGUCGGACCAGGAUGUGACCAUUCCACCUCUCUCCACCAUUGCAGAACUUGCCGUGUCACCACAGAUCUUGUCGCACAGCGUGUCAACAAGCUUUUCACCAUCUGAAAGUCCUCACAUCAAUUUGAAUCUCAAUUUUGGAAAGUCACCUAUUCCACCAGAGUGGAAGGCAAGAAUCACAGAGAAACUCCAUCAGAUCCCGGAUGUCUUCGCACUCAGUGAACUGGACUUUGGAUGCACAAACAAGGUAAAACAUCACAUAAAGCUGGAUGACGAAACUCCGUUCAAACACAGAGCUAGACCCAUUCACCCUCAUGACAUCGAGGCUGUCCGACAACAUCUCAGAGACCUACUGGAGGCUGGUGUCAUUCGUGAAUCAGAGUCGCCAUUUUCGUCACCAAUCGUCGUGGUCCGUAAGAAGAACGGGGAUAUACGCUUGUGCAUCGACUACAGGAAGCUGAACCUUCAAACGGUUAAAGACGCCUAUCCCUUGCCAAAUAUGGAGGAGUCUCUUUCCGCUUUGACCGGAUCAAAAUGGUUCAGCGUUCUCGAUUUAAAAUCUGGGUAACCUCCAAAUC